UCGCAUCUUUUUAUCCGCGUACAACAACAACAACAACGAAUUAGCGAGGGGAGAAGCGCCGCGCCCCAACCCUAAUCCAGGACUCUUCCGUUGCCGGAGCUUCGAUUCACCCCCCGCCGAUCCCGCCCGGGGUUCCCCUCCUAUCUUCCCUCCGGGUGACGGCGGCGGCGGCGGCGGCGGCGGUGAUGAGCUGAGCCAUGGGCUGUAUCCUCGCCAAAGAGGCCUCCCCCUCGCCCAACCGCUCCUCCCUCGGCCAGCGGCGGCGGGAGAAGGUGGGCACUGCCGCUCCCGUUGGAUCCGGUAGCAAGUCCCAGGCCUCCCUCUCCAGGAUAGAGACCGCCGUCGAUGCCGCCCCGACCAACACCACCGCCACCGUCGCAGAGGUUCCCGAUCGACAGGAGAACGCGAAACGGCCGGAGGGACAACCUCCGGGGCGGCGCAGGCGGCAGAGGCUCGAGCCCAGGCUUAGCAAACCUCCUGGCCACGUCCACGGCGAGCAGGUGGCCGCAGGGUGGCCCUCCUGGCUCUCCAAUGUUGCCGGGGAGGCCAUCAAUGGAUGGACGCCCCGCCGUGCUGAUACCUUUGAGAAGAUCGACAAGAUCGGUCAAGGGACCUACAGUAAUGUUUACAAGGCUAGGGACAUGUUGACGGGCAAAAUCGUGGCUUUGAAGAAGGUCAGAUUUGAUAAUAUGGAGCCAGAGAGUGUGAAAUUUAUGGCAAGAGAGAUCCUUAUUCUACGGCGGUUGGAUCACCCCAAUGUGGUGAAACUGGAAGGUUUAGUGACAUCCAGAAUGUCUUGUAGCUUAUAUUUAGUGUUCGAGUAUAUGGAGCAUGACCUUGCUGGUCUUGCUGCGAGUCCCACGAUCAACUUUACCGAGCCUCAGGUGAAGUGUUAUAUGCGGCAGUUAUUGUUAGGAUUGGAGCACUGUCACAAUAAUGGUGUGCUACAUCGAGACAUUAAGGGUUCUAAUCUCCUAAUUGAUAAUGAGGGGUUACUUAAGAUUGCGGACUUUGGCUUGGCUACAACUUUUGAUCCUGACCACAAGCAACCGAUGACUAGCCGGGUGGUUACUCUUUGGUACCGAGCACCAGAGCUUCUCUUGGGAGCCACUGACUAUGGUGUGGGUAUAGAUCUUUGGAGUGCAGGCUGCAUUUUAGCAGAGUUGUUGGCCAGAAAGCCUAUUAUGCCUGGGAGGACCGAGGUUGAGCAGCUGCAUAAGAUUUUCAAGCUUUGUGGCUCCCCUUCAGAGGAUUACUGGAAGAAGUCAAAGUUGCCACAUGCCACCAUUUUUAAACCCCAGCAACCAUACAAAUGUUGCAUAAAGGAUACAUUUAAGGAUUUUCCACCAUCAUCAAUGCCAUUAGUCGAAACUCUUCUGGCAAUUGAUUCGGCUGAACGUUUAACUGCCACUGACGCACUAAUAAGUGAAUUCUUUAAUACUCCACCAUAUGCAUGUGAGCCAUCAAGCCUGCCAAAGUAUCCUCCAAGCAAGGAGAUGGAUGCUAAACUGCGGGAUGAAGAAACGAGAAGGUUGAAAAAUGGUGGUGGGAAAGCCAAUGUCAAUGGAACAAAGAAGACACGUGCACGUGAUCGAACUACAAGGGCAGUUCCUGCCCCAGAGGCUAAUGCUGAACUCCAAGUCAACAUUGAUAAUAUCAUUACAUAUGGUCUGGAAAUCCUUUUUCCAUUAUCGAGGACCAUCUAUUUUACUGAUAGCAAUGGACUCACUAACGUCCAGGAUUUAAACAACUAGCAUCCUACAGCCAAGGCAGGAGCUUCAGUGACCUCUUUUCUUUGGGGAUACAUGAUAUGGUGGGCUCUACAACAAUUAGGAAUUGAUGAAAAUAAGAAAUAACUUGCAUUGAAGUACUAUUUUUAGAAGUUCAGCAAUUUGAAAAUAGUAUAUUGACAGAAUGGAAGAGUUCAACAAGAAUAUAUGAGAGUAUGAGAUGAGGUAUAGGGUCUGAGGGAUCCCAGAUCAAAGAAAAAAUUUCUCCUCACCAAAAGACGUGUAGAUAUUUUUGUUAUAUAAAUGUUGAGAAUAAUCCAGACUCAGUCAGAUGAUUACUGAUACUAUUUAUGUAGCACACUUUGAAAGUUAUCAGCAUGACUAAUUUUUCUCUAGCAGAUUUGUUUUUAAAGGAAAUUGAAGAAUCCUUUUUAUACUCCAAAUUUAGCAAUUAAAAUUUUUACUAAACAUUGAUACAAAAAUUAAGUUUAAAACUAUUUAUUGCAUCCUUAAUCUUAUCUUAUUCGGUCUUAACCAAGGUUUGCAAUUCUGCCUCAUAUGGUUUGCUUUGGGUGGUAUUUACGUAGACCAGGAUAAACUGGGUGGUUUGCUUGGUACAGGGUAGUAUGGUCUCAGUACUGAACAGUUUAUUUUUUUAUUUUCACAAUCUUUUUUCUAAAACUCUCUACAUACUGGGUAUGCUGAUAGUCCGUAGGUACACUGGUAUGACUGGUACGGUACUGUCCGAGCUUUAAUCGUUACAUGAAACUGGGAACAUUGGUCUUAACUCUUAACCAUUAAUAAAGUCAAGCUAGUCUAAUAUUGUUUGAAUAGAUUAGCUUCUUAGUCAUACCAAAAGCUAUAUUGAUCUUGCUGGAGAACUAUCCAGUUGAUUUUCCAUUUACACAUUGAAUCUUUAGAUUUUUGCAGAGUGGGACAAUAAUCAAAAUGAAUAUUUUGUAUUUACUGCCUGUUAUGUACUCAAAUAAUUUCACCAGUUAUGUUCUUUAAACUGAACCUUAAUGGAGCAAAAUAGCAAGAAAAGAUCCAUGCCACUGACCUCAAAUAAUCGAGACAUUACAGCUUGUUAUUGUUGUGUUUUUAUCAUUUUGUUAUAUGUUUAUAGGUAACUGAUGAGCAAGUUCUGAUGUUACAAUGGUGCAAGGUUUCUGCUUAGAGGGGGCCACAGGGUAUUUUCAUUGUGUGUAUAUUGUGUAGUGUAGAUAUCUUUGUUGUUUCUGUUGUGUGCAGACUGUUAAUCAUGAACCCAUAGGACAUUCACAGAGAUGAUCCUCUUGUAUGCUUAUUUCUUUUGUUUCUUUUGCUUGUAUGCAUAAUGUCUCCACCAAUACUAGCUUUAGAGAGAACUAGUGUCUGCAAGCUUACCUUAAAAUUGCAGAUGUUGCAUGACUCAAGCCCUUAUCACCUAGACUGCAAAGAAAGAACGUUCCGUGACACCAAGACCCACCUUCUAGUUCUUUUACUUGUCAAGUAUUACAUAAGGCCAACAUAAACAAUACUAAGGUUAUGAAAAAUCUAGGUGCCUUUUGAUCUCAUAAAAUAUAACUGAAGGAAAAGGAAACAUGAACAAUAAUAAGGGGAUCCUGUUCAGUUCAAGAAGAUGAACUUGUGGUCCUGACAGUUCUUCAAAUAAUAGGAAUUUUUGUUCUCUGCCACUGGCAUUUCAUGCAUUGUGAAUGUCAACUAGUCCUCCUAAGGACUGCCAGUAUUAAUCUUAAAUCAUAGUAUUGCGAACUUUCUCACUUGUUUUGGUAGUGGGAUGUUUUUGUGUAGAAGAAUCUAUGUAUGACUAUCCUCCUAAGAGGCUGUUACUUAUCAUUAGUGUGUAGUUAGAGCUGUAACUUCUGUUGCCAUGCAGCCUAUGGGGAUGUCUACU